AUGAAAUGCAUUUUUGAAGAUCAUUUAUCACAAAUUGUAAUCUGGUUUGAGAAGUAUUUUCAAAAUGAAAAUAAAUGGAUUCAAGUUCCGUUCAACUCCUUUGCUCCAACUGAUUUUGAUUCAAUUGAAAAAGAAAGUCUUAUCGAGUUGUUUUGUGACAAUAGUUUGAAAGCGAAAUUUGGUAGAAUGGAUUUAAUACAAUUUUGGAUUUCAAUGAAGGAUGAAUAUUCCCUAUUAAGUGAUAAAGCACAACGAAUCUUAAUUUCGUUUUCAACUUCUUAUUUGUGCGAAACUGGGUUCUCGGUGGUUGCAGUAAUAAAAACCAAGCAUCGAUCAAAAAAAAAAUGUAGAAAAAGAAAUGAGAGUGGCUGUGUCUACUUUAAUUCCAAGAUUUGA